AUGGCCAAUCUCUCUGUCGUGUCUGUGUUCAUUCUCCAGGGCUUCUCCACCGUCCCUGCAUUACAGCUGCUGAGCACAGCCGCCUUCCUCCUCAUAUACGUGGCUGCGGUUCUGGGGAAUGUCUCUAUCGUGAUAGCUGUGACUCUCAACACCCGCCUGCACACACCCAUGUACUUCUUCGUCAAACACCUCUCCCUGGUGGAUCUCUGUUCUACAUCCACCACUCUGCCCAGGGCCCUGGUGGCUACCAUGGCAGACACCAAAGAGAUUUCCCUCCCGGCCUGUGCAUCCCAACUCCUUGCUUUUGUCUGCUUUGGCUCUCUAGAAUGUUUUCUCAUCACCUCCAUGGCUUUUGACCGCUGUUUAGCCAUCUAUCGGCCCCUGAUAUAUGGGGCAACCAUGAGUUCUCAGACCUGUGUGUCCCUGGUAGUGGUGGCCUGGGUCAGUGGGCUCCUCUUUUCUACCUUCCACACCGUCAACACCUUUUCCUUGCCCUUCUGUGGCCCCAACAUGAUCGACCACUUCUUCUGUGAUAUCCCCCCACUCAUGCAUCUAGCCUGUGGUGACACCGAGGGCCACGAGGCUGUGGGCUUUGCAGUCAGUGGCUGCAUUAUCAUGACCUGCUUUGUCCUCACCUGCCUGUCUUAUGUUCUCAUUGUAUACACAGUGGUUCACAUUCGUUCUUCAGCUGGCCGCUGGAAGGCCUUCUCCACGUGUUCUUCCCAUCUGGCCACAGUGCUUCUGUUUUAUGGCACCGGAAGUUCCGCCUACAUGCAGCCCACAGCCCACUACUCCCCUCUGCAAGGGCGCAUGGCGGCGGUAUUCUACUCUGUCCUCACGCCCACUCUGAAUCCACUUAUCUACAGCCUGAGGAACGAGGACAUGAAAGCUGCUCUGCACAAGCUUUAUCCACGGGCGCCAUCUUGGAACCUGGCAUUUAGACAUGGGAGGGCCCAGAAAUCCACCUGCAUCGAAUUUCCCCUCUAG